AUGGCCUCACAUCCGGUUGACAAAUACGCUCCCAAGCUGGUCGAAAAGGCCGACAAGCUGCAGUCUCGGCUCACUAUGGACGACCACUCUAAACCCGCUGGAGGCUACGAUGCGACUCCGAUUCCGCAUGCGCCGCCAGGCUACACCGUCAAGUUCACCUUUCACCGCGGGCAUGACCUCCCCAUCGCGGAUUUCGGCAGUUUCUCCUCCGAUCCGUAUGUCUAUGCGCAACUACAGGUAGAUCUACCUCGGCGUCAUAAACAGGAUCCCAUCAUGAGCUUCCGAACGCCGACCGUGCGCAAGAACAUGAACCCCAUCUGGAACAGUGAAUGGAUUGUCGCAAAUAUGCCGGCCUCGGGUGGUUCGCUCAAGGCCUAUCUGAUGGACGAGGAUCCGGCGGACCAUGAUGAUAAAUUGGGAAUCGCGUUCAUUGAGGUGCCCGCGCUGGAAGGUUGGAAUGGAUACAAAGAGCAUCCAUUCAAGGUUAAGAAGCGCUUCGGCAGCAAGCGAGUUUAUGUGUAUACCAAUGUCUCCGCGUUUGCCACUGGUCACCAUAAGGAGUCAUACUUGAUCAUGAGCAUUGAGUGUCUGGGCCGAACACCGGGGACCGACGGUGGCCAGAUGUAUACCCUUGGGCCAAAUUAUUGGUUCAAACACUUCUCACCUCUCAUCGGAAGACUGACAGGGACAAAGGAUCAAGUCAAGGCUCUUGAUGGGGAUGGCAAGCCCAUCAGUCGAUACAACUUCCAAGCCAUUCAAAUGCAGCUUCGCGGUCCGGUCCCCGCGGAACUGUAUCAUCGCUAUGUUGAAUUUAGGCCGUUUGUGGCAGGCAUGUUUCAAGCGCAAAGCCUACGGGGCCGAAUCCUACACAAAGCUCUCCAUCAUCAGCACCAGAGGAUUUACAAUUUCGACCGCAGCACUCUCAAUGGAACGUUUGCCGAACCGUGCCGCGAAUUUACGCAGAAAUUCCUGGAAUUCACCAGCUGGGGUCAGAGCGGGCGGAUCUUCACCUACGUGAUCACUUUGGACGGGAAAUUUCGUUUCACGGAGACCGGCAAAGAAUUUGGAAUCGACCUACUAAGCAAACAUACGAUGCAUAGUGAUAUUUCGAUAUACAUUGCUUACUCGGGAGAAUUCUUUGUGCGACGGAUCAUUCAUCGUCAUCGAUGUCAGUCCCCUUCGUCGCGCACAGAGACGGCCGACAAUGACUUUCCAGUAGAGGAGAAUGAAAUCCCCCAGGAGUUGCUGCAGGAGUCAACAGACCCGUCGGACUACGAGCUCUUUAUCGACAAUGACAGUGGAACCUACCGCCCCAAUUCCGAGAAGUUACCCCUCUUGAAGGAGUUCAUUAUGUCCAAUUUUCCAGGUCUGAAUGUCAGCACUCUUGACUGUCAAGGGGACGCCGAGCGAAUGGGUCAAAUGAAGAGUGAGCAACGGGAAGUUAAAAAGUCCCAAGGUCAACUCGUUACAUACCUCCAACAGAGCAGUGUUUCGGACCUCUCUAUCUCUAGUUCUGAUGAGGAGGAGCUGAAUGAACGCAGCGGCGAAGCCUCUCGAAGAGGGGGUAUGCACCGAAAGGUGCAUGAGAUGCGUGAUGUCAAAGGCCAAAUGAUGAAAUGGGUCGAAGCCGAUGGGCAUGCUGAUCGUUCCAAGCACCGUUACUCCAGUCGUGAGCGGGCUGCGUCGACUGGUGAGACGUGCUCCGCUACCGCCCCAUUCAAAGCCAACGCGGUUGCCUGA